UGUCCGAUAUUACUAAACUGAAUAUUUCACAAAAAUAGUAAGAUGGAUUCGUGCUUUUAUGUAAGCUUGUUUUCUAUUCUCUUGUUCUGCCAUGUUGCGGCAUUAUUCACUUACUCUGUCUCUUCUAUGAAGCCAAGUUGCCAUGAUUAUGAGAGCUCCGCCUUGUUGCAAUUCAAGGAUAGCAUUAUCGUCGACUAUCGCAGUUUUAACUGUUACAUUUCAGCCCAUUCAAAGAUUGAAUCAUGGAAACUCGUCCCUGGACAGAGAGGUGAUUGCUGCUCUUGGGAGGGUGUUGAGUGUGAUGUUGAAAGCAGCCAUGUGAUAGGCAUUGACCUUAGCAGCAGUUGUCUCACUGGGUCCAUCAACUCCAACAGCACCCUCUUCCACCUUGUUCACCUCCAAAGCCUUAAUCUCGCCUACAACAACUUCAGCUACUCUCAAAUACCAUCUCAAGUAGGCCUGCUUUCAAGCCUAACUCGUCUAAACCUCUCCUUUUCAAGCUUCUCUGGCCAAAUCCCACGUCAAAUCUUUAAUCUUUCCAGCUUGAUUUCCCUCGAUCUAUCUGAUUAUGACUAUGUUGGUUCCCAUGGACUGAAACUCCAGAAACCUGGUCUCAAAGAUUUAGUUCAACGAUUGCCCAAUUUGAAGGAACUUCAUCUCUCAGCCGUUAACAUUUCUUCAGGUGUACCUGUCCUCCUGUCAAAUGUUUCAUCUUUAGAAUCUCUCCGUCUUGAUAGUUGCGGAUUACAUGGCAAAUUUCCCAUGAGCAUUUUCCAGCUUCCAAAUAUAAAGAUGCUCGAUCUAAGUUUCAAUGUUCUUCUUGAAGGUUAUUUGCCCAACUUCCAAUCGGGAAGUCCUCUUAAAUCAUUGAGACUUUCUUCAACGAAAUUUGUUGGUGAGUUACCUUCAUCCAUUGGAAACCUUGCCUACUUGGAGGAACUCGUAAUUUCCAGAUGCAAUUUCACAGGAGAGCUCCCUUCUUCAAUUGGAAAACUUGUCCACUUGAAAGAACUAGACAUCUCCUAUUGCAAUUUCAGAGGGCAGCUCCCUACUUCAUUUGGAAAACUAGUCCACUUGGAACAACUGCACAUCUCUUAUUGCAAGCUCACAGGGAAACUCCAUUCUUCAAUUGGGAACUUUGUCCACUUGAAAGAACUUGAAAUUUCCUACUGUAAUUUCCUGGGACAAAUCCCCUCCUCGUUCGGUAACCUUACCAAGCUUUCUGUUAUAGAUUUGGGCCACAACCAACUCACUGGUCCAAUCCCAUCUAGCCUUGGAAACCUAACCCAACUUGAAUAUAUAAAUUUACGGACAAACCAAUUGUCUGGUCAAAUCCCAUUCCAAAUUUUCAAUCUCAAGUCACUGUCCUUGUUGCUGCUUUCAUCAAAUGAAUUGCACGGCUCAAUUCCAAGCAAUUUUUCUCAACUCAACAAUCUUCAAGUUCUUGACCUUUGUUCCAAUAAAUUGGUUGGCUCAAUGGAGCUCAUCGCAUUCUUCCAGCUCAAAAAUUUAUGGACAUUGACUUUAUCAUUUAAUAAUUUGUCUCUCUUCACCAAAGGGAGUACAAAUUCCACCAUUCCAAAUUUCAGUGUGCUGGGAUUGGCCGCCUGCAAUCUAAGUGAAAUCCCCAGUUUUUUGCAAAACCAAAGUCAGUUGCUCUUUCUAGACCUCUCCUCCAACAACGUACAAGGCAGAAUUCCUUCAUGGAUGUAUAACGUAAGUACAAAUACCUUGGAUUAUUUGAACCUUUCCAACAACCUUUUAACUGGUUUUCAACAAGACCCAGUUGUUUUUCAAUGGGCUCAAAUACGCACCUUAGACCUUAGGUCUAAUCUGCUCCAAGGAUCCCUCCCACUGCCACCAUCAUCGACCACUUCCUACCUAAUUUCCCACAAUAGAUUGGUAGGUGAAGUUUCCCCGUUGUUGUGCAAUUUAAGUGCUCUUGAAACUCUGGAUUUGUCCUUCAAUAAUUUGAGCGGUGAACUUCCCCAUUAUUUUGGCAAUUUUAGUGAUUCCUUGUCAUUGUUGGACCUAAGAAGAAACAACUUCAAUGGAAGUAUUCCUUCAACAUGGAGUGAUGGAUGCAAAUUGAGAAUGAUUAGCAUCAGUUAUAAUCAAUUACAAGGACAAGUACCAAGAUCAUUUGUCAAGUGUUCAUCAUUAGAGUUGGUUGAUUUUGGCAAUAACCACAUAACUGACAGUUUUCCAUCUUGGUUAGGAGAUCUUGCAGAGCUAAGAAUUCUUAUUUUGAGAUCCAACAAAUUUUAUGGUGUGAUAGAGAAACCCCAAACCAUGGGAUUCCCAAACCUUCGAAUCAUUGAUUUAUCUCACAAUGGUUUCUCCGGAAAAUUGCCAUCAUUAUACUUUGAGAUAUGGAAUACCAUGAAAACCGUAAAUUCAAACCACAUGGAAUAUAUGGGGAGAAGUGCAAGGCCCAGCAAGUAUUACGUCUUUACACAUUAUGGCCACUAUGAUUAUUCAAUGGCUAUCUACAAUAAGGGAUUGGAAUUGGAAUACGCAAAGAUCCCAGAUAUUUUCACCGCCAUUGAGUUCUCCUACAACAAAUUUGAGGGAGAGAUACCAGAUAUCAUUGGUAAAUUUGAAGGGCUUUAUUUGCUUAACCUUUCCAACAACUUUCUCAUUGGUCAUAUACCAUCAACUUUGGCGAAUCUAAAGGCGUUAGAAUGUUUGGACCUUUCACAGAACAAGCUCUCAGGACAGCUACCUCCAGAGUUGACUUACCUCACAUACCUUUCUUCUUUCAAUGUUUCCUACAAUCAGCUUGAAGGGCCUAUACCAAGAGGGAAACAAUUUGAUACAUUUGACAGCAAUCAGUAUGAGGGGAACAAGGGAUUAUGUGGAGCUCCUUUGAAAAAGAAAUGUGAAAAUUUUGAGUCUUCACCACCACAUUUUUCAACUUGUGCAAGAGAUGAAGACACAGGAUCUCUCUUCAAAUUUAACUGGUUGAUAGUUUCUAUGGGUUAUGGAAGUGGAUUGAUAAUUGGAGUUGUUGCUGGGAAUGAGGUAACCAGAAGAAAACAUGAUUUGUUUAUGAAGAUUUUGGGAAGAAAACAACAGCGCAGGAGAAAUAGAAAUUGAAUGUUUAUGCCAAUGUUUUGGCUUUGAUGUAUGUUCUUUUUUGUUGUCCUUCUCAGUUUAAUGUAAGGAGAUCGGUGGGA